UUGAGAGGAACUUAUUGCAAGCAAGUGUCUGCUGAUGUGAUGGAUAAGAGAAAUCAGAAGAAAAUGGUACCUCCAAAAACUGUAAAAAGAUUAAUUCGGCGUUACCUAACUCAAAAAGUUAAUACAAAAGCAGAAUCUGGAAACUGCAACGUGUGCUCUGCUCCUUGUUCUUCCUGUAUGCAUCUUACUGAAUCUCAAGUGGGUUUGAAGAAGAGUGAGUUUUCUGAUGAAACUGAUCGUGCUGCUUUGGCAACUCAAUAUUCUAUCAACGAGGAUAAAACAAGUGACAGCUUACAGCAUACACAUAGUGAAGCAAGUAAUGUACAGUCUGUCAAUUCAAGUCAUAAUUCUUACUCUGAAAACAUUCAGAGUAAAGCAACAACUAGGCCAUCUGAAGCGUCAGAAAUUGUUGGGAUUCAGGGAAUCUUCUCAAGCAAGUAUGAUGGUUCCAAAGGUACUGAAGGCCAAGAUGACAGUUUUUCAUGUGCUAGUAGAGCCAGUGAUGCAAAUGCAGCUUCCAGUUGUUUUAACAAGGAUUUAUACAGUAAGAAUUCAUCUCAUAGUUCAGUGUCAGUUUGUAGUUUAGGAUCUGGAAAAGUGCUCUCUUCCCAGAAGGUAGACUCGUCUGAACUUCCUUCUGUAAAGGAGGUAGAUGCCGAAGGUGGUUCACUGAGGAUCCAAAGUGACAAGGGUGCUGUUGGAUGCAGUUCUGAGAUUUCUACCAAAAUCCAUCCGAAGUCAGAAGCAGAUAUUGAUGGGAAACCACUGGAUAAAGCCGGUAAAAGCUUGAAUGAAGAUGAGUCGAAUGAGUUGGUUGAGUUAACUGGCAAGGUGGAGUCGCCAUUGCAAGCAGCUUCUGGUGAUGAUAGUUCUGAAUCUGUUGCUACUGAAUAUGAUGCUAAGGUGUGUGAUAUUUGUGGGGAUGCUGGACGAGAAGAUUUGCUUGCUAUAUGUAGUAAGUGCGCUGAUGGUGCGGAGCACACUUACUGUAUGCGAGAAAUGCUACAGAAAGUUCCUGAAGGUGAUUGGCUUUGUGAAGAAUGCAAGCUGGCUGAGGAAACUGAAAGCCGAAAGCAAGGUCUAGAUUCUGAGGGAAAAAAAGCAAACAGACUUGGCUCAUCUACACAAAUCUUAGGUAAGAGACAUGCAGAAAAUCUAGAGGGUGCUUCAUCUUCAAAAAAGCAUGCUGUUGAAACAAGUAUGGGAUCACAGAAACCAUUGAGCCCCAGUAAAGUACCUGCUUUGUCUCGAGAGGAUUCUUUCAAGAACUUAGACAAGGGGAAAGUCAGGCCAUCACCGAAGCUUUCUCUUGGCAAUCAUUCUGGUAAUGACAUACUGGAAACUGUGUGCUCUCCUACUUCCUGUCCAAGGCUGCAAUCACCAAAGCGUACUUUGCUGAAAUCCAAAUCAUUCAAUGGCUUGAAUUCCAAACCCAAAGUGAAGCUUGUAGAUGAAAUUGCUCUUCGAAAACAGAAAAUUGCUAGAAAACACGAAUCCCUUGGUAGCAAGGAGGAAGCUUCUAGAGGAAUGGGGAAAUCCAUGUCAUUUAAAUCCACACUCUCAGGACGAUUAAAUACUACGGAAUCAAAGUUUAAAAUGCUAUCAUCUAAAUAUCCUUGUGUUCAAGAUGUGAAGGAAUUAAAGCAAGUUAAAGAACGGAUAUCAUUAGAAAGGAGAAAUUUAGUGAAACUGGAUCGUUCUAGUUCUAGUGUCUCCACAUCUAAAGUUGAACAGAAACUGAUUCCUCCCACAGAAUCAAUUUCUCAUUCAUCUGCAAGCAACAACCGAGAUACUAAGGCUAUUCGGUCUGAUGGUAAAACAAGUACGUUGUCAAGGUCGACCAGCAAUCUAGCUCGCAAAGUUGUAGAAAAUGCAGUUACUUCUGCUUCUGGAGUUCCAUCCACCAAUGGGUGCAUUUCUUCUGAACAGAAAUUAAACCAAGUUAACCUGAAGGAGGAACCCUCUUCAAGUUCUCCAUGGACAGCUGAGAGGCAAUCUAGUCAUAUAGAUGGAAUUAUAUCAGAUGGGCUGUCUUGGUCAUUGGAUUUAAAAAAUCAGAGCGAGAGAAUGGGUCAUACAGCUGAAUAUUGUUCAGUCUCUCAGGCUUCUGGAGCUGAUUUUGUCUGCUUCAAGAAUUUAAGAGAGGAGAUAAAUAAAGCCAAUAAAUUGGAAGUUGCAAUUGAAGCAGCUACCCGCUUGAGGCUAGGAAUAUGUGAAAGAACUUCUCACGAUCCAUCAUCACUUUCUGUGAAGGAAAAGAAUAUGAUUUCUGUUGAAGGUACACAUGAAAGCCAAACCAAUCUUUGUAACCAGGCUGCCAUUGGUAAUUUGAAGUCGUUUGAUUCACAUUCUACUGUAGUUUCUUCUGCUGGCAACACCCCUCCUUUAGUUCCUUUAGUUGCUGAGUCUGCUGUCUCAAAGAUGUUAGCCAUCCCGGAACAUGAAUACAUCUGGCAGGGGGAUUUUCAGGUGCAUAAAAUGGGAAAACCUCCUGAGUUUUGGGGUGGAAUUCAAGCCCAUCUUUCAACCCUUGCAUCACCUAAAGUGCUUGAAGUUGUGAACACUUUUCCCCUUGAAGUCCCCUUGAAUGAAGUACCUCGCUUGAGCUCUUGGCCUACACAGUUUCAGAAUGGUGGCCCUAAAGAAGAUAAUAUCGCUCUAUACUUCUUUGCCAAGGACCUUGAAAGUUAUGAGAAGUACUACAAGAUCCUUAUGGAUACCAUGGUCAAGAACGACCUUGCCCUAAAAGGAAAUUUUGAAGGUGUUGAAUUCCUGAUAUUCCCAUCCAACCAACUUCCUCAAAGUUGCCAGCGAUGGAAUACCUUAUUAUUCCUCUGGGGUGUUUUCAAAGGAAGAAGAAAAAAUUGCUCAAAUUCCUCAAAGAGUGCAUGCAUUCCUGAUGCAAGUAUGGCAUGUUCAGAGAGAACUACUUAUAUCUGUCAGCCAGCAGAGAAUGAUUCAACAUAUGACAGUUCAUGCAAUGUAGUAGUAACCAGUGCUGAUGAAAAGACAUGUAUCCCAACCGAAAGAAUCAGUGAUAACAAGGUCUCUUCUUUCAAGAAGACAUAUGGAGCAAUGAAUGCAAAGCCAGAUGGCAAAAUUGACACCAAAUACUUGUCGAGAAUUGCAACUAGCAGCAUAAAGGUUCAUGCAGGCAUGAAAUCCAGUAGUUCUCUGGAGGUUAGCAACGUUCCAGAUUGUAGAUUAGACACAGAAUUCAAACCUUGCCUUCAAGCUACUGAAACCAUUAUCCAGUCGUUCGAAGUUAAGAAAGAGGAAAUAUAUGUACUAGAAGAUCAUCCAUCCUUAAUAGAUCACCCUACGCGAAAGCCAGAGUCGGUUAUUGUGGGGAAAAUUGAUGGAGAGUCUGUUAAAAUCAGGGAGUCUAGGGAUGAUGGAUAUGCUGAUGCUGAUGCUGAUGCUGAUGCAAAUACUUAUUCAAAGAGAGAUAUCAACUGUUGGCAGUCGAAUCGUCAGAAACGCGCAUACUUGGAUCUUACAGAAACAGUUCCAGAAAUGUUUACUGAUGCAAGUGAAAGAAUGCCAUGGAGUGAAUUGAGGAGUGUUCCCAUGGAUGGAGUAAGUGAUAAUAAAAGGCUGGAGACAGGAUUCAGUGGAAUAUACUCAUAUAACAGUGCUAGAGAUGAAGGUUGUUUUAGUGAUAGUGCUGCAUCAGAUAGACAUGGUCUGUGUUCUAGAUAUUGUGUUGAAGAGAAGAGAUGUGACAUUGUAUACGAGGAAAAAGUUAACCAGGAGGGCACGGGAAGUAGUGAAAGGUUCUUCUUCCCUGUGGGUUCGCACCGUGCAAUGGAAUUUCUGCCGGUUAAAGAUGAAGGCCAAGUUGUCUCCCCCAAUCUUGAGCUUGCUUUGGGGGCUGAGACGAGAACACCAAACAAGGGGAUCCUGCCUUUCUUGGUUGGAACAGAAGACAAAAGUGACAACCGAGAUAAGGUAACAGGAAAGGAAGAGGUGGAUGAUGUAUCUGCUGCCUCCCUUUCCCUUUCCCUCUCGUUCCCAUUUCCGGAAACGGAACGGAAUGCAAAGUCUGUUAGUAAAACCGAGCAGCUGUUUCCGGAAAGCAGUCAUGUGAAUACUUCCCUGCUAUUGUUUGGGGGAUUUGGCAACAAAUAGUGUCAUGGUGGUCGACUUGUAAAAGUGUAUACCAGGUGAGUAACUUCCAUCUGUUCAUAACCCAUAUAUAUAUACAACAUUGCGAUAGCUUGUCUUUUGUUGGGUGCAUAGUCAUAGUCACAGCUAUUUGUAUAUAA